CAUCCUUUCUCUGUUUGGUGGAGAAAUGAAAAAAACUGCAAAUUAAAAGUUGAAGAAUGGAAGAUGAAUUUACCAUAUUGUGUAUAUAUCUCAUUGUAUGCAUCACCACCGUAAAAUAUUGUAUAUUAUCACUUUGUAGGUAUCACCACAAAUCUUUAUACACAUAAAAUAUACACACGCAAGGUGACACAUACAAGGUGAUAUAGGAAGAUACAUAUAUAGUAAUAUAUCCAUCCAUCCGUAGCUAUCUACAUCCAUUUAUACAAGUUAUAUAAUUUCAAUAUCUCGUAAAUAUAUCCAGGGAAAGAAGACUUACAGAUCAUAAUCCCAUCUUGUCAACUUAAAUGGCAACAGUAUCAAAAGAGAAUAAAGUGUUGGUGACUGUGUAUUCGGAGAAGCAAGAACCAAGACUACCAGUCAAUCGCUAUCAACGCGAUAACGUGAAUAAAGUAGUUAGAAAUCAAUGGAAGCAAGACACGGCUAAUAAAGGAUACAAUAGGAGAACUGAACUCCUCAAGUACUCUCAACGCCUUCGUAAGUCUGCACGGUCACCCGCAUCUCCAUAUAUCCGAACACCAGAGCCAAUUCCUUUGAAGAACAAACAACCAAUUGCAAGAAGCAUAGCAAUUAAUCUUGUAUGCACUUCCUUUUCUCUCGUCAAUCUUUGUGGAAAGCCCAAGGGUCCCAGAUUUACAAGUUGUUUCGGCAACCUGAUUCAAAGGUCUUACAAAGCUUUGACAAGUUUUCAACCAAAGAAAGAUAGGCAAAAGCAGAACCAAAGCAGUGGAUCUACCAAGAAGGUUAAUGAAGUAAAAAACAGUGAAUCAAAGAGCAAGAAUACCAUGGAUAAAGUAAAGGGCAGUAGGAUAAGACUACUGACAUUUACAUGUACCUGAUUUUAUAGAUCUCCAUUAAAUUUAUCUGGAUGUAUGCCCCAAAUUCCUCACUUGACUUUCUUUCAAAGGCAAUAGAAGUGAGGUCACCCCCUCUUCUCGUUCAAUA